AUGGUUAGGGCUAAUGCAUCCGUGAGCAUAAAGGUGCUCCUGAACGCCACGGCAGCGCACUUUGGUUUUAGGCUGACUUACCAGAGGGUUUGGAUGGCGAAGCAGAAAUCUAUUGCCCUCAUCUACAGUGACUGGGAUGAGUCCUACAACGACUUGCCUAGGUGGGUGUUGGGUGUCCAGCUGACGAUGCCUGGUAGUGUUGCGGUCCUUAAGACGAGUCCGGUUCGAGUUGGAGGACAGGACGGGAACUCCAACAUUCUACCUGUCGCAUUCGCACUAGUAGAGGGUGAGAAUGCAGAGUCCUGGACAUUCUUUCUCUCGCACCUUCGACAGCACGUGACCCCGCAGCCCGGUCUGCUGGUUAUAUCGGACAGGCACAACGGCAUCAAGGCUGCGCUUGAGGCCCCUGACGGCGGUUGGUUACCGCCAUCUGCGUAUCGUGCAUUCUGCAUACGACACGUAGCGGCUAAUUUUGCCCUUACCUUCAAGGGCAAAGACGCUAAGAGGCUCCUAGUGAACGCGGCGUAUGCGAAGACCGAGGUUGAGUUUGAUUACUGGUUUGAUAUUCUGCAAUCUGAAGAUCCGGCGAUGUGUGAGUGGGCGAACCGGAUUGAUUACUCGUUGUGGACUCAGCAUCGUGAUGAGGGGCGGAGAUUCGGUCACAUGACGACGAACAUCUCCGAGUGUGUGAACUCUAUCCUCAAGGGGGUGAGAAAUCUCCCUGUAGCAUCCCUGGUGAAGGCAACAUAUUGUAGGCUUGCGGAACUCUUUGUUCGCAAGGGGAGAGAGGCUGAGGCCCAGAUGGGAACGGGACAACAAUUCAGUCAGCAUUUGGUGAAGUGUAUUGAGGCCAACUUGAAGACGGCCAGGUGCUUCACGGUGACGCUGUAUGACCGGGAUAACUCCGAGUUCACUGUAGCAGAGACCACUCCGACUGGUUCUUUCUCCUUGGGUACUUACAGAGUAUCACUUGCCUCUCGGACAUGUGACUGCGGGUACUUCCAGGCUCUUCAUUUCCCGUGUCAGCACGCCCUUGCAUGCUGUGCCUACUCACGGGUCACCUGGACCUCUUACGUUCACAGCGUCUAUCAGAUUAGCUCGGUGUUCAGUGUGUAUCGGAUGGGAUUCACACCUCCGAUCCCGGAGGGCUUCUGGCCACCUUAG